AAAAUAUCCAUUGAGUCCCCGCGAUGCUAAUUUUUAGACAAUUUCAUUCAUAAAUUCGUAAAUUCCAUUGCAUCUUCCAGUCACUUUCCGUGCGCACCCGACUCCACACUCCCCCGCACACCUGACUUACAUUGGACUGCGCUCACUGCAUCGCGACUGGCGGUUUCAGAUGUCACUUGAGCGUCGACUGAGUUCUGUUGAGUUGAAAGCGAGAGAUCCCCCGAGCUCCACAAGGACAAGUGCAUCGGCAGCAGAAUCGCAAUUUCGCCUGAGCCGCCUCGAUGGAAACGGACAUUGUGAAAUACCCGGCCGACGACCUGGAGGAGGGAGAGCUAUCGGACGGCAGCGAUGAGGUCUACACCCCUCUGCAAAGGCCGGACACGAAACCGUUGCAUGCGUCCGACGCGCCCAUGGCGUCCGCGGGCUCCACGUCCGCCUCGAGGAUGGACGAGGCUGAGGACACGAGCUCCGAGCUGGGUCUAAGCUCGGACGAUUCCUCGUCUGGUUCGGACGAGGGUGUGAAAAGGCUGGCCCGUGGCGAGGAGAAAAAGACCAAAAAGAAGCGUCCAAUUGCACAACUGCGGGUAAGACCGAUCGCGACCAUGCAGAACGCGCGCCCCAAGAAGUACAACGUGUGGAGCGAGAGCUUGCAAGAGGAGUCGCUUAUGGAGAAUAUGCGUGGCUUCGACGUGACCAAGGAUAUGAAGAGCGACAGGAGCGUGGAGACCUAUGAUUUCUCGAUUAAAUACCGCUUGAACGGCGAGAAUCGCCUGAAACGUCGAGCGGGCGGAGGCAACUACUCGGACGAGGACUAUUACCAGAGCAGCAAGCGGAGCCGACAAGAGCGCAGGAGCGUCAAGGAUCGACUAGGCAGCAGGAAGAGCAGCUCGAGCAGCGGCGACAAUGCUCCCAGGCACAUCCUAAACUUGGAUGUCCAGGAGGGGGCGAGCGACGAAGUGGUGGCCAGGGACAUAGCGAACAAACUUUACGAAGAAAAGGACGAUCUACUACUGCGCGUGGUCCAGGUCUUAGGCCAAAAGGAGGCGAUCGAGUUCUUCAAGGAAACACAGCACAUCGAGCGAGAUGGCGGCAUGAUGAUCAUGAACGGCCAGCGCCGACGCACGCCAGGCGGAGUCUUUCUCUUCCUAAUCAAAACCGACAUAAAAAUCUCCGAGGACGACAAGAAGUCCAUCUUCCGCGAGGACACGCGAAAGGCAACCAACGAACGUAAAGUCAUCCAGGCAUGCCGCCGAGAACAAAAGGUCGAAGAGCUCAAAAAGCGCCUGAAUCUCCAAGAUAAGGAGCUGCAGCCGUUAUCAAGCCGAUCAGAGAUUAUGCCUGGCAACAAACACCACCUCAAACCCGACACAAAUGGGACACUUUCUAAUCCGCCACCAUCGCCGGUGACUAAUAGUGGCCAAGAGAACAGUCCCGACUACAGUGUGCAUGCCAUAAACCACGUCAACCACGACAGCAGCCCGGAGAAGAUCGUGGCCCGGACCCUGAACGAUCUGGACGACGAGAGCUUGUCCGCCUACGACGACGACGUGCUGGACAUGAACUGUGAUGACAUGGAUCUGUUCUAGGUGCACCGCCAGGACAUUCACCAUGUGAGUGUUUGGCGUUGAAUGACUCAGUUACGUACGAUUAGUUGGAUAUUUUUACUAUUUUAGUUGUUUAGAGUGUUUUUAUCACGAUAAAAACGGACAAUUAUUUACUAUUUUGUAAGAUUGCUGCUGGGAAAUAUAUUGUGUAAAUAUCGGCGUAUUUUCUAUGGAUAA